AUGAGCGGCUUUCAACUUCCUUCAGUAGACGUGAGCGAUCUGGAGGAGUAUGUCCCUUACCACAUCGGGCAUGGUGCGUAUAUCCAGAAGGUUGAAGAAUGUCCGGCACUAUACGGUGAUCCCGCAAAACAAGCCUCGUAUCAGAAGGUAGCACACAUGGUCAGGGAGAAGUGUCAAAAUUUACUCGAGGAAACUGGUACAAAAGGUGUGGUGACUUGCAGAACCAAGACUUAUGAAUCACUGAAAGCGAAGCUCAGAAGUAUGGAGCAUCAUACUGAUUUCACGUCUUGGGCACUCAACAACGACAUCUUCCAACAUCACGAAAUGGGAGAUCUCGCUGCUGUCCGUAUCGGAGUAUAUCUACCCCAGGAUGUCAUCAAAAUGGCGAGAGAAUGCCAGCAACGGUUCAAAAUUGCCCAUCUUUUUGGUACUGUUGGUAGUGGCAGAGAUGCUACUCGAGGAGACAAAAUGAGCCUAGACAUCCAUGGAAGGGGACCUUGGCGCUCAAAAGAUCAAUAUGGAUCUGAUGAGUAUUGGCAGCAUUCUGGCUACAGAUCCUGGCAGAUGGUGAUCAAUUGGGAGGGAGGCUUCAGGGUCGAAAUACAAAUUGGAACAGUGGUUUCGCAGGCUUGGGCUGAAAUUCAACACAACGUCAUCUACAAAAGGCCUGACAAUAUGAUGUCAACGCCAACCAUGAAACGAAUGAUCGAUGCUAUCAAUGGCCUGGCAAUGACUACAGAGAUCAUUCUCAGCGAGCUGGAACAAAGCAUCGAGACCGCAAAGCAGAAAGCACAGCUUCGCCGUAUCACAGAGGAACAAUACAACAGAUGA